AUGUCUGCAACUCAGUCCGUGUGCCUCUCAGGGGAUGGUCGAGCCAUGGCGUCUGGCUCGACCACUGGUGCCCUCAGAAUGUGGAAUAUCACAUCAGGCACCGAGAAUGCACCUUUCCGGCCCCAAUAUCAUUCUGUUCAAUCCCUGGCCUUUUCCCCAGAUAGUAAAAUUGUGGCAUCGGGAUUAGCCAAUAAUACUAUCAAGCUCUGGGAAGUCAAAAGCCGCCGGUGCCUGCGCACUCUCGAAGGUCAUAGUGAUUUAGUCUACUCGGUUGUUUUCUCUCAUGAUUCCAAGCUUCUUGCCUCUGCUUCGGGUGACCAGUCUGCCAAGGUCUGGGAUGUUAACAGCGGACUGUGCCUGCAGAGCCUUGAAGGCCAUGAUGAUUCAGUCAAAUCAGUUGCUUUCUCUCAUGAUUCCAGGUCCCUUGUCUCUGCUUCAUUGGACACCACCGUUAAGAUGUGGGAUAUUACAACAGGUUCGAUGCAACAGGCUUUUACAGGCCAUUCUGGACCCAUUGGAUCCGUGGCUUUCUCCUGGAAUGAUCAAAUUGUGGCAUCUGGCUCAACUGACGGUACCAUAAAACUUUGGGAAAUCUCAACGGGGUCAGGGCAGCAGACCCUUAUGGGCCAUUUUUACCCUAUUCAAUCUGUGACUUUCUCCCGGGAUGACCAAACUCUGCUGUCUGGCUCAGAAGAUGGUGAUGUCAAACUUUGGGAUAUAACAACAGGUGAAGAGCAACAGACUAUUGGAGGGUAUUUUUAUUCCAUCCAAAACACUCCUAUCAGUGGCGGUCAAUCAUGGGCAUGA